UCAUAACAUAUACAACAAUUUUCUGACAUUUGGAUUAUUCUAUAUGCAGAUCAUAUCGCAUGUUUAUUCUUUCUGUAAUAGCCACUGCGCAAUCUAGCUAACUUCAAUAUAUAUCCCACUGCUUUAUUGGUCAUAUAUGCGGUGAACAAAAUAUACGAAUAACGAAAGAACUUCAGAACUGCUUUUUCAAACAUUCCAGCUUUUCCAACUUCUUUCUAAGAGGGAGGACCUUCAAAUUAAAAAAGUAACGUUAGAAGAAAUUAUCAACAUAUGUUUCAAGAUUCAUUUUCUCUUAUUUAGGCAGAUCUGUCUACAUAUAGAAAAUAUAUGAAGUAAAGAACUACUGGGUAUACUUGGCGGUUAAGAAAGUUGCAAAGGCGAUUAUGUUUGGACAAUAAAAUAGUGGGGAGCCCAUUGAAGUUAAACGAGUUGCGCAAAUGGAAUGUUGUCUACCAUGGAACGAAUACACAAAAAGCCGCUUGAAAUAACGUCAGCUGCUUGAAAAUGUUUGGAAACAGCGAAUUCCAGAACAUAAACCAUUUUAUGGCUUGUUUUAGUCGAAAUCGCGAUGACGUUAGAAAUAGAAAAUAAUUUAAUACGGGUUAAUAAUCAGUCGUGUGAUUUUUCUCCAGAUGGACUAUUUUUCGCAGUUGCAUAUCACGCAAAUUUAAUAAUUAAAAAUAGUAAAACUUUUGAUACCGUUCAUUCAUUCAUAUUUCCAAGUAUAAUUGAGUAUUUAGAAUGGUCCAAAAAUAGUGAAUACAUUCUGUGUGCAAAUAUUAAGAAAGCUAUUGUUCAAGUAUAUUCUGUUUAUUACCCUGAAUGGAAAUUUAAGCUUAUGGAAGGCAGUGCUGGAUUAGAAAGUGUUAGUUGGUCUUUUGAUAGUAAACAUAUUUUAACAUUCUCAGAUUUCAGUAUUCAGAUAUCAAUAUGGUCUUUGGAAGAUAAGAAUGUAACUCAUAUACAAAAUGUUAAGUCCACGUUUAAAAAAUUACAUUUUAGUCCAAAUGGCAAUAAGUUAGCAGUAGUAAUUUCAAAUGAAGGUGAAGAGCACAUAGAAAUUUAUAGGACUGACAGAUGGAAGUUAGAUAAAAAAUUAAUAUGCGGACAUUUAAACAGCAUCGAUGGAUUGUCAUGGUCGCCAAAUAGUGAAUUGUUAUGUAUAUGGUGUUCCUUUAGUAACGAAGUCAAAUUACUUAUUUAUUCUAAUAAAUUGGAAAGAGAUAUCGCGAUAUUUUGCCCUCCACAAGUUACAAAUUCAACAGAAAUAGGAUACACUUAUCAAAAACAAUUAAAAGGAAUUGAAAAUGUAACGUGGAUGCCUAGUGGACAAUUGUUAGCUGUAGCAGGGUUUAAUGAAAUGAUCAUAUUAUUAAAUCACGUAACAUGGAAACCGCUUUUACAAUUAUACCUAGAUCCAGUGAUUAAGGAAAAUUAUUUGAAUAAGGUAUACAAAGAAGUGACAGUACAAUCAAAUAAAAAUAGUUUAUAUGAUAAACAUGUUUUGGAAGAGAAAUCGGAACGACCAAUAAAUAUAAAAAUUGGCAAUAAAAGUAACAUUGACAGACUUUCAGUUGCAAAAUUUGAUAUUUUAGUAUUCAGUUUUUGCGGACAAUAUUUGGCUAUAAAACACCAACUUUAUCCCACAACUUUAUGGAUAUGGAAUAUUGUUGACGAUUACCUCGAUUAUUUACUUCUUGAAAAUAACAUUACAGCUGUGAAGUGGAAUUGCACGCGUACUCAACUUCUAGUAUUCUGCGAGUGCGCAUACAUGUUUGAAUGGACACCGCAUAGCGCAAGGUGUAUACCAACUCCGCGAAAUAUCACGGCAUUGGAUGCUCGAUGGCAUCCUCAAGGAAAUCUUUUACUACUUUGUGGUUAUAACAAAGCAGUUAUUUAUCCGAUUGAAAAUAAAUCAUGAAUUGUUUAAGAUAAUACAGUAUAUUUAAAUAAAUUAAUAACUAUAAUAAAUAUUUAUUUAUUUUUUUCAAGCUUUAA